UCAGCAGAGAGCAAGUGAUAUGGUAGAGGAGUUGCCGAGGCAGGUGCCAAUCGAGAGCGUGGCUGCUAGUGUCGAUGGGAAGAUGCCAGAGCUACCACAGAAUGGCGCAUUGCCGAAGAAUGUUGCAGAAUCUCAGGUUUUGGGAGGUACUCCUGGGAGGGAGUUGCCGUUGCAUCAGGGCAAAGAGGUGAUCUUCGUUGAUGACAAUGAUAGCGGCCAGGAAGAUGCUGGGAAGGCCAAGGUGGAUGAGAACGCUCCGCGUUACGGCCUGAGAUUCAAAACUUAUGAUGACGCACUGGAAUACUACAAGCAGUACGCGGCGGAUUCUGGCUUUUCGACCAUCAUUCUCAAGUCAUCCUACUUGAAGUCAGGGGUUUGUCGGAGGUUGGUGCUUGGAUGCAGUCGGGCUGGGAGAGGGAGAGCAAAUGCAUGCUAUCUGUCUAGAGAAACAGUAAAGAUAAACUGCCCAGCUAGGAUCUCGUUGAAGCUAAGGCAGGAUAGGUGGCUUCAUAUUGACGACGCCAAGCUCGAUCACAACCAUCCGCUCAACCAAUCCUCAGAGCCGCUCAUGAGCUGUUACACGAAAUUGACCGAUGCGAAGAAUCGGGAAGCUGCUUCAUCACGAUUAAAAGGACGCAGGAAUGUUCCGAUACCUGACAAGGUGCAAGGGAACUUUACUGAGAUAGGAAGGCUUAAAUUCGGGGAAGGAGAUGAUGAGCACAUUCAGAAGUUUUUCGGGACUAUGCAGAAUAAAAACCCAAACUUCUUCUACUUACUAGAUUUGGACAAAAAAGGGCGUCUACGCAACUUGUUUUGGAGUGAUGCUAGGUCACAGGCUGCUUAUGAAUACUUUGGUCAAAGGGAAGUUGUUUACUUUGACACUUCAUACUUGACCGAGAAGUAUGAUUUGCCACUUGUUUUCUUCACUGGGAUGAAUAAUCAUGGCCAGUCUGUUCUGUUUGGUACUGGUUUACUUUCAGAUCUAAGUGCUGAGAGCUAUACUUGGUUAUUUAGGGCAUUUUUGGCAUGUAUGAAACAUCAAUACCCAAACGCAAUCAUCACUGAGCAUUACAAUGCUAUUCUAGAUGCAGCUAGAGAAGUAUUUUCCCAAGUUAGACACCGCCUUUGUCUGUAUCGCAUUAUGAGAGAUGUGGCAGAGAACCUGAAAACACAUGCAGAAUUCAAAACAAUUAAGAGAGCGCUGAAGAAAGUAACAUAUGGGUCCUUGAAGAAACCAGAGUUUGAAGCUGACUGGAAGAGAACUAUUGAGGAUCAUGGACUUGCAGAAAAUCAGUGCCUCAGUUCCUUGUACGAGCAUCGGGAAUUAUGGGCUCCUGCCUAUCUGAAAGACCAAUUCUGGGUAGGUAUGUCAGUUUCACAGCGUGGGGAGUCUGUUGCUUCAUACUAUGAUGGAUUUGUGUACCCCAAAACUUCUUUGAAGCAAUUUUUCAGUAAAUACGAGAUGAUAUUGGAGAGUAAAUACAAGAAAGAGUUGCAAGCAGAUGAAGAAUCCUCCCAUAGAACUCCACUGACUGUAACAAAGUUCUACAUGGAAGAGCAGUUGGCCAAAGCCUACACAAUCAACAUGUUCAGGAAAUUUCAGGAUGAGCUGAAAGCAACAAUGUAUUGUGAUGGCAUGCCAAGUAAAGUUGAUGGCUCAAUUGUUACUUUUGAAGUGAAAGAAUGCUCAUACAUGGAAGAUGGAAAGGAGACGGAGAGCAGGACUUGUGAAGUUUAUUUUGAUAAAGAAGGGCUCACUGUUGUUUGUGAAUGUGGUUUCUAUCAGUUCACUGGUAUCUUAUGUAGACAUGCAUUGUCUGUGCUAAAGUUGCAUGAGAUGUUUGAGAUUCCGUCAGCAUAUGUCCUUGAUCGCUGGAAAAGAGACUAUAAGAAAUUGCAUGCUUUGGUACAUUACCCUAAUGGGAUGCUCCUUGGUGACACAGUUGAGCGUCAUGAUUAUUUGUUCGCACAGUGCCGACAGCUGCUCAAUUUGGGCUUCAUAUCUGAUAAUAGGUACCUUGUUGCUCUGAAGUUACUGAGAGAAGCAGAAAAGGCUCUUCUGGACGAGGGCCAAGCUGAUGGAGAGAGGCAACUGAGGUUUCUCUCGUUCGAAGCUGAAACGCCUGAAAAUGGAGAAGGCCUUUUUGGUCCUCAGUUUUCAGAGGGUGUAAGGAAUUCUGUGUCAACAAAUGCAAAGCGCAGGGGUCGUCCAGCAAAGGAAGUGGCAGACAAUUCAGAUCCGGUAUUACGGUCAAAUAAAGAACAGGAUUUUCUGCGAUCAUCAUUUGUGACAGCUGAAGCUAAUAUGAUUCAAGGGACACCGUCAGCUUCCCAUCAUGAAAGUCCUCACAUGGAAGUGCAUGCAGGCAUUGAUUUAAUGGAAGGAAUAUCUCCAAACCUGUCAUUUGGAGCUCCAUUUGCAAUGGAUGUUAAUCACCAACAUCAUCAAUUGCCUAAUCAACCAAGGAUGAUGCCGAACAACUUUAUGCAGGUACAGGCAGAUCCCCAUGCGUUUGAGAAUCAGUGGGGUUACAACCCAACAGUGCAGGAUAAUUCAAUUAUAAGAACUCCUACAAGAAGAGCGGGGUAGAACAUGUUCUUUGCUCUAGUUGUGGCAGUAGAAUUUUAGGUACUACGACUUCACCGGAACUUGUAAUUACUGCCUGGACUAACCUGGUGACACCAAUUUGGUAGUACUCUACAAAGGUGCAUUUGAUAACUCGGCGGAGGAAUCCAAUGGAAAACACAAUUUUUUUGUUACGUCCUGUUAACUACUGCUGCUUGUCUGCCCGGUGAAUUUUGGCUUUAAGUUGUACAUAGUGUUAGUCCAUGUGUUUCGCUGUUUGUUGCUGCUGUCUAGUGGAUUACUGAUGCCCCAGUGUCACCUGAAAGCUCGUUGAUCAUAAGUUUUCUCAACACGGGGCUUUGACAUGAGGAGUCUGCUGUAACUUCUGUAUUGUGGUGGUAGAUUAAAAAUGAAGACUGUUCUAACCAGUGAUGUUGAGAGUUGCCACAGUA